AUGGCCCGCAAUGAGAAAAAACGCGCCCACGACGACCCCGUCGACGACGCCGACAGUCGCUCCAAGAAAAGGACAGCAAAGGACAACGCCGAGCCGACCAGGAUGGGCCGCCCACGAAACGUCGGAAACGAGCAAUUUGACGUCAUCAUGGACGGGUUUGGCGACUAUCUCAUAGAGAAAAAGAAGAAAGACAGGAAACAGCCGCAUAACAUCACUGGAGUCUUCAACGACAAGACGUUCGGGUUCAUCGCGACGUUUGGGUGGGACAAUCCGCUUCGCAAGAGGUCAACAGUCGCCGCACCAGCGAGCCAGGAUGCCAUCAACGCUGCGAAAGAGGCGGCGCAGGAGUCGGCUCGAAUCGUUGCCGAUCCCACCGGAACAAGCGAGGAGUCGUUGACAGAACAUAAGAGGAGGGACCAGAUCGUGACUAGUGUGCGGAACGAGAUCAGCAAGAUCUACCAAAGGACCCUGCGGCAAGGCAACGAUGCGCCCAAGGCAUCCUUGGAUAUACCGAAACUCAUCAAGGCCGUCAUGUCCAAGCCGUCGCUACGACAGCUUUACAUGGUAUGGGCCAAGAUGCAGCCACGACCAGAACUAGAGGCGGAGGUGGACCGCCGGCACGCUGCCGCUGUGGAGGAGAAGGGCGAAGACGCGAUGUCACGUGGAGCCAUGUGGAACGUCGUUGCGGCAGAAUGGUACAACGCGUGCAGCGAAGAGGAGAAAGUCGCAACGCGUCAGGAGGCCCAGAAGUUCUUGGAGGAAGAGCAGAAGAAGUGGGAGGAUCAAUCAGCAUCCACGCCUUCGACGCCUGAAGAGGCGCAUGAGUUCCUGGAGGGCUCACAGGAUUUCUUGAAAGCCAUGAUGAAGUUCUUCGCCAAUCGCGUGUCCGGUAUCGCGGUUAUGUUCUUGGCAAGCCCGAACGACGUUAGUAUGUCGGAAGCCGUAUGCGAUAUACCGGGCCAGCCGAACCUGCUUUACAGCCAGGUUGCACAGGAGGAGACGACGUUGUGGCUUAUGGGCCACCGCAUCAAAGCCCAAGCUCGCAAGAUGAACGAGUCCAAAUGGGAUUUGCGAGACGAGGAUGAGCGCGCGACGCCCGACGUCGAAGAAGUGUCCCCCUUCAGUGAGAGUUGCAUAGAUCCCACGCUGAGGCAGGCGGCGCAGACAUCUCCGACGACUACAGGCCUGAAGACCGCUGCAGCUGGCGAAGGACUUGCCACCACGUCGACACGCGGCGCUCCCGUCAGCCAUGUCCAGGACGGUACUGAGCGAGGCGUGGCUGCGCGCUCAGAGGACGCGGGGGUGACAUCCCUGCAGCAGGAUCAAGAAAUACGUGCUCGCGCUGUUGCGGCAGCAGCUGCCUCGGCGAAGCUACAGGAAGCGCAGGCCAAAGCGUUGGCUGCAAAGGCAUUGGCCGACGCUGCAAACGCAGAGGUCGAAGCAGUGAAAGCCGCUGCGCUUGCUUUGGAAAGCGCUAUCGGCGGACCGCGCUCGAUUGACAGGCCCGCGCAGGUCGAGCUCAUGCAGACGACAGGCUUUUCCCCCGCUCCAGCACAAGACCGCGCCCAGGUUGUAGUCGCAAGUGGAGCCGAAGUCGGAGUUGAAAACGGCGAAGCUAUCGCGCUCGACGUAAUAACAGCCGUCGACGAACCGAGGCCUGCUGGGGGUCCUGCGUCAAUGGCGGUUGACCACCCAGAGGAGGCGUCUGGUGUAGGAGGCGUUGGUCCUGCCUCUAGCAUUGUUCCCGUUAUAGCGUUUGAGGUGUUUGCGUCGUUGAAGGAUCUAGAUUCAGCAGAGUCUAGGUACACGGCUGUGUACAACGAGACGCAGCUUGCGCUUGUACCGAAGAAACCUUGGUGGUCGGAGACUAGUAACGAAGCGUUCUUCAAAGCGCUGCCUUCGAAGCUGAGGCGUGGCGGGGUUGACGUUGCUGUCGGAUGCGAAUUGAGUGCCGCCUACUUUGCCCUGGAGCAAAGCGCUGCAGAGGAGCGUGCGCUAGACUUGUUCACCAAUAGGCCUCUGAAUGUUGAAGUCCCAGAGUACUUGGCUAAGUUUGGGGACAAGGGGAGAGAGUGGCAUGCGCGAUGGCAUCAGAGAGCGGAGCCUGGUACGACGAGGAAGCGGACUGCUCUCGACUGGGACAUACACGUUACGUUCCCUCGCCUUUGGGUUGCGCUGCAGCCGAGCGCUCGAUUGAACGAGUACGGUAAUAUAGCCGUGCCGGCGCAAGCGUCCAUGGUCUGGUCUCCUGAUGUGGCUGCCGGGAAGGACGGCGUGCGUGCUCUUGUUGCCACCGUCUUGAACUGGGGGUCCAAUGCGAAGACCGAGCCGAGCGAAGUGACGCAGUGGCGGUACAUCGCAGCAGACAUGGCGCAAGUACUGCGUGUAUUGGCUGAACAGGCGGGUCAGUCUCAGACGACAGAGGAAUCAGUGAAGCGUGUCAAGAAGGUACCCUUGAAACUUCGCAAGGGCGAUGGGGCUGCGUAG